CCUCAUCAUCACAAUUCAUAUCAACCCUCAUACACCGCAGCAAUUUACUCAGUCUGUCGACUCAUUGGCUUUGCAUAUUCGCUCCUCAAUCAUCUCAUUCGUUUCCGCACAGACACCAUGGGCAAAUCAAAGAAGCCCAGGGCCGGCCACCGCAGCGAUCCCGUUGCCAAAGCCGUCAAGCCUCCUGCAGAUCCUGAGCUGGCCGCUCUGAGAGAGAGCAAGAUUCUGCCCAUCAUCAACGAUCUCAAAAGCGCCGACCCCAAGUCUCGUUCCACGGCUGCGUCCGUCAUCUCAAGCAUUAUUCAGGACACCAAGUGCCGCAAACUGUUGCUCCGAGAGCAGAUCGUCUACACCGUUCUCACUCAGACUCUGACAGACGCCGCGCUUGAGAGCCGAGCUGCUGGAUGGGGGAUUUUGCAAGUGCUGGCUCAGGAGGAGGAGGCCGAUUUCUGUGUUCACCUCUACCGACAAGAUGUAUUGACGGCGAUUGAAUUCGCUUCAAAGUUGAUUCAAGACAAGAUCCUCUCAAAAGAGGCGCCCUUUGCAAAGCUACCCAAAGCGGAGAAGGGAUUUAUUUCCAGCAUUGCAGCGUCCCUUGUCUCGCUAUUAAUGGCUCUAGCCGAGGCAGAAGAUGAGAUUCUGGAGUCAAUUUCCAAUAACACCAUCAUCACUAGCCUCCUCUUCUCACUCAUCACAUAUACCUCUCAGGACGAUGAAGAUCCUAUAUCACCCAUCCGUGGAGACUCCAUGGCCUGUCUAAUGGUCUUAUCUGAGGACAAUACGAACCUAGCAAAAUACAUCACAAGCACACCCAGCAGCAUCGCUUGCUAUGAGACGCUGAUAUCCCUAAAGGACGAUGUUAGCGGAGAUGGUGUCUUAGCUUGCACCAUCCUUCACAACAUUUACGCCUCUCUUCUCGAAGUGAAGAAUCUAUCACCAAAGAUCGAUGUGGCUGACGAUUCAGAUCUGAUACCGACGCUCACCAAGGCCAUGGCUGGCUUUGUCCCCGGCCAGGGCGAGGCCAACAGCAGCGGCUGGUCUAGCCCCUCAGAGUUUCAGCAGCUGGCCCUGGAGACAAUUGCAUCCAUCGGCACAAGCCUUGGCGUUGAAAUGGGAGGCUCUGCUCAGCUGUUUACAAAGAAAGAGUUUGGAAGCGGUGAGGCUGCGGCUGGGAAGGAAAGCGGCGAUGAGGAGAAUGAUGACGAAGAUAUGGACGAGGCUGCCUCUGACGCUGGUGAUGACAUUGAGGGCCAGGAUGAAGAUGACGAUGACGAUGAAGACGAUGAAAUGAAUGAAGAUGAGAUUGAAGCCGACAUGGACAUGGUCACUGGCGUUGAUCACGGCGACGACAACAUUGACGAUCUCCCGACCCUCAAAUCUCUCAUCCAGAUUGCUAUCCCCGAACUCAUCCGCCUCGCCAGCCUCCAGCCAUCCGACGACCUCUCCCUCAAGGUCCAAGGCCACGCCCUCUCCGCCCUCAACAACAUCGCCUGGUCCGUUUCCCUCAUCGACUUCUCUGACGACUCCAACAACGACGUGCUCGGCGCCUGGACCCCCAUCGCCCGCGCCCUCUGGCAACAAGUCGUCUCCCCCAUCCUAGCCUCCGACACCGCCGACGUCGACCUCGCCACGCAAGUCACCAGCCUCGCCUGGGCCGUCGCCCGUGCCCUCCACGGCGAGACGCCCCUCCAGCCCAACGAGCACCGCAAGUUCGUCUCCCUCUACCAGGCCACCAAGGGUGCGCCCGCGCUGCAAGACCCUGAAGACCCCUUCCAGGCGCUCGGCGUUAAGUGCGUCGGCGUGCUUGGCCAGCUGGCGCUGAAUCCGGCACCUACGGAUCUUAACCGCGAGAUUGGAACCUUCCUUGUCACUCUCCUUGCGGGCCUUCCUGAGACUCCUGCUGCGGAUGCUGUCGAGGCGUUUAAUCAGAUUUUCGACAUUUAUGGAAACGAGGAAUACGUCUACGAUGCGGAGGUUUUCUGGAAGAGCGAUUUCUUGAAGCAUCUUGAUGGGACGGUAUCAAAGGCAAAGGCCAUGGCCAAGAGCGUCAAUAAGAGCCAACAGCCAGAGCUGAGGGACAGGGCAGACGAAGUCGUCAUGAACUUGACGAGAUUCUUAUCAUAUAAGAAGAAGCACAAGCCUGUGCAGAUGACAGUAAGAGAAAGGAGCUAAUGAGGGAAAUGUAGGGGAAUAGAUAUUUAUUUUAUCUUGCAUAGAUGUGAACAAAGGAAAUUGGAAAAUAAAAUGUAUAAAGAUACGCCAUGAGAUAAAUAUAUCAUGAAGAGCUGAAACAAUCUGAAUCUUCAAUUAGCGCCUUUCCUUUAAAUGUUCCCAUUCAUCAACACCGCUCAAAAACCCUGUACAGUCCCUUCAAACUUGCCACCUCCAACACAGCUCCGUCCAUGAGCUUCUUCGUCGCUACCAGCCGUGACCUAAACGCCGGGAAGAAGAUGUGCUCGAUAGCCCACCUGACGUGCUGCCUUCUUGUUCUCAUUUCCUCAAGAGCCGCAUCCUCGUCUCCCUGUUCUGAUUUUCCCUCUUCACUAACGUCUCCGCUU